AUGAAAGAUCUCCACCACCACCUCGUGGAAAUUCCGGUCGAUGGAGAACACCAGAAGCAAAUAAUCUCCGCCAUUAACGCCAUCUCCGCCAUCCAAGACCACCCACUAAUGGAAAUCUCAGAAUCCCCCGGCCACCUCUUACUUCUGAAACUAUUACAGAGAGAAGAAGAUCUCUCCGGCCGCCGCAUCGCCAGAAAAGAAACAAGACUCGACACUCUCAGACGAGAAAUCUUCCAACUUUGUUUAUUUUUCUUCACAUUCCAUGGUCUUUUCUUGACCAUUUUAUUCACAUCAUCAAACAACGACGUGGGUGUUGAUGUUUGUCAAAAAUGGUGGAUACCCAUGACCACAUCUUUAUCUUUUUGUGUUGUGAUGGUGUUCUUGGUUCAGAUGAAGCUUUACAGAUACUGGAAAGUGAACGGAAGGAUUCAUCAGGAGAAAAGUGAUAACAGAGGAAUAACGAGAUGCAUUCAAGAGUUGAGGAUGAAAGGGGUUAGCUUCGAUUUGUCAAAAGAACCAGGAAAUGGAAAGAGGAUGAAGAGUUCGAGUGUUGAGAUCAAAUGGAAACCGAUCACUUGGUGUUCUCAGUAUCUUGUCACUAUUUGUCUUGUUUUGGCUUCUGGUUUAUCUCUUCCGAUUUGUAAAUUCAUGGUUUGUGCGUAA